UAUAGGCAUUUCAAGCAAAUAAUACAAAUAAACAAAACGAACAAUGCCUUAGAAAUUUUGAUCUCUCAGAAUAUCGUCAAGUACUGAGUGAUGUAGCAGUAUGGAUAUAUCAAGCUGUCAUUAAAAUUAUGGAGGAAAAAGUGCAACCACUAAUUGUGCCUGCUAUUUUAGAGCAUGAAGCAAUACCAGGUAUUUCUAGUAAACCAUCAGGUAUGAGAGGAAGAUCAUGUAGUGCAGCUCGUGAAAUAGAAUCAUUUAUAGAGCCUCAGAAAGCACUGGCUAUGUUGCUUGAAGAACUAAACUCUGUAUUUGUUAUUCUAAGUGUGCAUGGUGUAGAUCCUGAACUUACAUCUCAAGUUUUCAAACAGUUAUUUUAUUUUAUUUGUGCUGGAGCACUGAACAAUUUAUUAUUGAGAAAAGAUAUGUGUCAUUGGUCCAAAGGCAUGCAAAUCAGGUAAAUUUUCAUUGAUUUUUCAUAUAACCAAAUACAAUAGACUUAUGAUCAUCCAGCCUUCAAUUAUCUGGCCUGUGUAUUAUCUAAUUCACUUGACUACAUAUAAAUAAUUUAUCAUUAUAUAAAUUUAAAUGAAUAGUUUUGGUUUUAUAUUAAAAUAUUUUAUGGAUAUAUAAUAUUGUUAAGGUUUUUAUUUAUUUAUUUAUUAGAGAGAGCAAGAUUCUAAAAAUGUUUAAAUAACCCUGUAACCAAAAUUAACUGCUUCAGUAGAUAUUAACACUCACAAAACUUUUUACAGCAGCAAUAAAACUUUAAUAAUUAAAAUUUUUGGUCAUUUUUAAGGACAAUUCUCAGGUUAUAAACUUUAAAUCAGUUGAUUUAGAAAUGUAUCAGAAAUAACAUAGAACAUAAAACAU